AUGGAGCAAGAGAUUGUCAAAAAGCUUUCUGGUAUCGAGUUAACGGAAGAUGAAGAAACUCUCAUCAGUCUAGAUGAUACUAUUGAAACUGAAGGAGUCGAAGAAAUGAUGAAGGAGCUUGGAGUGGUGGGUAAGCUGAUAUCAGGAAGGUUCCCUCCCGUCAACAUUGUUAAAAAAAUACUUGGUGAAGCAUGGAAGCUGAAGAAAGAUUUCGACAUUCAAGUUACUAGAGAUAACAACUUGCGUCUGCAACUAUACUGCCAGGAUGAUAAAAACAAAGUCCUUCUAGGAGGACCUUGGCAUCUGGAGCGUCAGCUCCUCAUGUUUAAAGAGAUCUCCCCAGAUCUUGACCUGAAAACAUUGGUUUUCUCUAAGGCCGACUUCUGGGUCCGUAUUCGUGAACUCCCGCUGAAAUGGAGAAACCUACAGAUGGCCAAAAAAAUUGGAGAAAUGUUUGGGGGUUUUGUCAGGUGGGAUGAGUUACACUCUGGAGUCAGUAGCGAGUUUUUGCGUCUGCGAGUAACUAUACAGGUUAUGAAACCUCUGAUAAGGGUGGUUAAGCUGCAAGGAAAGGAAGGGCCGAUCUCUUACAAGGUUGGAUAUGAAAGACUGCCCAUAUACUAUUUCAGAUGUGGUCUACUGGGCCACUUAAAAAGAUCAUGUGCAAAGGAACUACAAUCACAAACUGAUGAAGAAGAUCCCUAUGGGGCAUGGCUAAGGGCAGAAUCAGCACUACGUAGGGUCUCGUGGAAGGAAAAGGAGACAGUAAAGAACCUUACAAAGGUGUGGGCAGAAGUCAAAGCGGAGAAGGAAAAUAGACUAGUUGAUAUUGAAGCAAAAAACAGAACAUUCAAAAGGAAAGCAAACAAAAGAAUAUUGAGGAAGAUCUUCAGGACCUGUCCGUCCGGGAAAAAGGAAACGAAGUACAGCUCGAAGUUAGGAUGGAGAGUGACGGAAAUGCGAACAAAACUACGGAAAAACUCAGCCCCACUUUGUUGUUGGAAAAUAAAGAAGGUAGCGAUAUAUCUGAGCCAAAAAGAAAACUAG